AAUACUAAUAGCUUAGGUGUUGAGAGCAGAGACGGAAUGCUUCUGCAAUCUUGGAGAACAUAAGAACUGAAGCAAGAGUUGAUGAAUGGGGGGGGGGGGGAUUUGGUAUAUAGAAGGCCCCCCACACAUGUUACACAGCACAAAGCUUCUUAACAUAAUGAGCUUUUGAAUAAGAAGAAGAAGAUCCUUGGCUCUGCUGUUGCUAUUGCGUUUGGCCGGAACCAGCCACCUGCUGUCCUCCGGGAUUGAGCUAUGCAGACCAAUCCCUCAACCAGAGCACUUGGCCUGCUCUUCUGCACUUGUAUCGCUCCCCCAUGCCCCAUGAAUGGAGGGAGGGAUCGGAAGGCUAGUACGUAUUCACCUGAUUCGGGCGGGAAUGGCUCCCCGGGAGCAACGGUGGUCGCGUUCUAGCGAGGCCCAUCGGGCCUGAGACCGAAGCGGGUGCCGCGGCCCCGAGCGGAGCAAGAAUCAUUGUCUCAAACUAUCGGUCGAUUACUCACAUCCCUUAGCAAUGAGUAGUAGUAAGAAGAAGAAUCCUACUGUAUUCCUGGAUGUCUCCAUUGGCGGGGAUCCCCUUGAACGUAUCGUCAUUGAGGUUAUUACAUCCACACUCUCCCUUUCUUUUCUUUUCCUUGUCUUAAUUAUUUUCUGUCAAUGGCAGCUUUUUGCUCAUGUUGUCCCCAAGACUGCCGAGAACUUUCGUGCCCUCUGCACAGGUGAGGCAGGCCUUGGAAAGACCACUGGCAAGCCUCUACAUUUCAAAGGAUCUUCUUUCCAUCGAGUCAUUAAAGGAUUCAUGGCUCAAGGUGGUGAUUUUUCUAAUGGAAAUGGCACCGGCGGGGAGAGCAUCUAUGGUGGGAAGUUUCCAGAUGAGAACUUUGAACUGGACCAUGAAGAAGGUGGAGUCCUUUCGAUGGCAAAUUGUGGCCCAAACACCAACGGGUCACAGUUUUUUAUCCUUUUCAAACGCCAGCCACAUCUCGAUGGGAAGCAUGUUGUAUUUGGGAAAGUCGUGAAGGGAAUGGAAGUUGUCAAGAAAAUGGAGCUUGUAGGGACGAGUGAUGGUAAACCAACCAGCAAUGUCAAAAUAAUUGACUGUGGCCAAGUGUCUCAGUUAAAAGCCGAGGAUGCUGCUGAAAAAGAUAAAGGGAAAUUGAAAAAAUCUAGCAGGGAGAAGAGGAUUAAGCGAAAAAGAAGAUACUCGUCUUCCUCAGAUUUAUAUAGCUCAAGUUCUGAAUCAGAAACAGAUUCAUCCUCUGGUUCUUCCAGUGAUGGGAAGCGUAGGAAGAGGAGGAGGUCAACAAAGAGACACAAAGGCCGACGCGGGGAAAGCAAUAUCAAAGGACGAAAGGGGAAAAAGAAUGCUCGAGGAGAUAGACCACCUCAGCGCAGAAACAAGGAUAGUUCAAGUGACACCGAGAGUAGCAAUUCUGAUGACGAGAGAAUGGGCCACGAAAAGGCCAAAAAGUCAAAGAAAGCUAAAGAUGGUGUGCCUGCUGCUGAUUCUAGUCCUGCGGAGAAGAAAUUUUCGGGGGAGUCUCUUCUGAAUGAAAAUGAACUUGUCGGUAAUGGAAAAGCCACCAAAGUUGAUAAUGACUCAGUGAAAUCGAGGAGUAUGAGCCCAGUUUCUAGAAGAGAUGAAAACAGUAGGAGCAAAAGUCCUAGUAGGAGGCCUGUGAGAGAUGUUGGAAAUAGGAGCACAAGUCCUGCGAGGAAAUCUUCUCCAAAUGGUGAGCCCAAGCGCAUCCGAAAGGGGCGUGGGUUCACAGAACGUUAUUCAUUUGCUCGGAAGUACCGUACACCAUCUCCUGAGCGUUCCCCUCCGAGAAGAAGCCUUGAGGACAGGAACACGAGGGACAGGUAUCCAAGCAACAGGAGUUACUCUGAACGCUCGCGAUUUAGGAGCCCACCCAGGAGAAGGAGCCCUCCAAGGUACAACCGGAGGAGAAGAAGCAUUUCACGGAGUCCAGAUGGGCAGCGCAGACGUUUGAGAGAGAGCCAAAGUCCAAGUCAUCGUAGCCCUAGCCCCAGAAAGUGGCAGCCAAUUAGCCAAGACCUUAAAUCCCGUCUGGGGCCACAAAGAUCUCCUCCCGUCAUAGGAGGAGGACGCACGUCUCCUGCACAAUCGCUCAGCGCUUCCCCCUCAACCUCCCCAUCGGGACAGAGAGUUGUACGGAGGAGGGGGUCAAUAGUCCCCAUUAUCAGAGCUGAGAUAUUGGAGGAAAAGGAGCAGGAAGCUGCUUCUGUGGGCGAUGCACGAGGGAAGCACAGGAUCCUUGCGGAGCUUGGUCGUGUGGAACAGGAAGUCAGAUUCUUGGAGCUUUCUACUCUCCAGAAAGAGUUGGAAGCGCUCGGCCAGACUGAUAUUGUAUCAACCGUGUGUGAGGAGCUGCUUUGUGUCAUCGAGGAAGCACCCGACCCUCUCUUGCCACUGACCAAGGGACCUUUGAACUUAGGAUGGGACCGGUGGUUUGAAGGACCAAAUGGGGGAGAAGGCUGCAUAUGCUUUAUACUUUGAUUCAAGAUAGUAAAAUGUAGGUUGGCAGUUUUGGUGUUAAGAUAUAUCUUUAACAUGGGACCAAACAAUUAUAAAAAAUGUGGGUCCUUUCAACAUUGUGUGCAUCUGCCCAUACCCCUGUUAGAAACUACGCUAGGCGCUAGUCGGACGGCAAUUCUGGGCCUAGCGAGUUACCAAAAAAUCGGGGAUUAAGCGGGGUAUACGCGGGGAUUAGUUUUUAUAUGUUUUAAAUUAUAAAUAUAUGUAUACAUACCAUUACAUGUGAAUGUUUAACGAAUAAUCAACAUAGCUCAGUGGUUUGCUUAA